AUGAGACGUAACAGAAAUCAUCAAGGUAAUCAGCAUCAGCUGUCGCCAAGCGGACCUCUACUGACUAAUCAUCUUCGUGAUUUAGAUAUUGAACUGGAGCUAUUGAAACGCAAAAGGGAGAUUAUUGAACAGAAGCAAGAUAUCCUAAAUAGGGAAAGAUAUUCUGCCAAGAGGCAGUAUGAAUACAAUACCCCUAAUCAAUACAAUCGUCAAGAACCAAAACCUAACAUUCAGCCGUUUAACUAUUCCCAAUAUUAUGAUGAGUCAAGUCAUUCUAGUAACUACAGACCUCAGGGUGGUAAGCGGCAAUCUGAAGGUCAAAACUAUUCUUGGCCCUCGAAACGAUUCAAUGCUCCUCAAAAAAUUAGUCCCUGGCAGGCGGGCCUGUCCCAAGAUUUCUCUCAAAAGAAACAGUUUCAACCUGGCCAAUCUCAACCAAUCCAAUUUUCGGCGCCUAAUCCCGCACCUUUGAUGGGACUCAAAACAAAUAUGGGUCCUAGGUCCCAAAAAAAAUUCCAACCACCCCGCAAAAACUUUCAACCCUCGAAAGUGACUAAACCCAAGACACAGCCAGCUCCGAACAAACUUGCCUCGUACCCUGUAGAGAAAACUAAGAAAUUAGUUACUCAAACAAUGAAAGCGAUCGAUCGAAAACCCGACGAAACUCAAAUCUUACGCGCCAAUAGGACUCCGACCGUGCAAGUGAAGGGUCGUUUGGAGCUGGCCUUGGGCAUGGUUAUGAAACAGAUCAAGCAGGAUCACUGCUCCGAACCGGCAGACUUAGAAUAUUUUCUGACCCCUUUCAUACAGCGUCUUCUAAAGCACACAAUCCGUACUCGCAUACGUAGUGUAAUGAUGGAUCAGUUCGUUGGCCCUGCCAGCGAUAUUGUUGAGGCCUACCGUAAAAAGUACCCUGUGGAUACUGACAUUGAACUGGUUAAAGUGGCAAAAGACGCACAAUGUCUUACCGGUCCACAAGUUGGGGCUAUACAACUUAUUGAUGCAGAUGAUCCAGAAGAAUUUUUCAGAAAAAACAUGACGAAAAUACUAACUACCAAACUGGAGGAAAUGUUUAAUAAACUUGAAAAUAUAUACAGAAAUGCGGGAAAAAAUCUUGAUGACUACAUUGAAAAGCUUCCCGAACCAAGCAAGGAUAAAGAUAAUGAAAAGAAACCUGAGUCAAAAACCUUGACCAUUGAAGAAAUGUGUGGCGAAGAUGGAAGUCUGACUUUAAUUAGUGAGAAAGCAGCCAAAAUUAAAUUUUAUACAAAAUUCAUGGAAGAGCUAAUUGAGGACCGUUUGCCAAAAAUUAUGCCCAAGUACAAAAAUUUACUUUUGUCAAUAGUGUUUUGCGAGAAGGAGUUCCUUGGAACUAAAGCAAUGAUUACAGCACAGUUAAAGAGAAAAAUAUUGAAAACAAUAGAAAAAGAUGAAACUUAUUUGAUUCAUAAUAAAAAAGUUGGAAGUGAUAAAUCAGAGGAAAAAGCAAAUGAUACAUCUGCUUCGAAUGAGAAGGAGAAAAAAACAACCACUGAGGUUAAUAAAUCUUCAACAGAAACAACUCAAAGUCAACCAGAAAGCUCCGAGAAAGAUAAUACAUACACCAAUGAAAUGAAAGAAGAAAAUAAAAUCACUAAUGAAAAUGCGAGUGAAGAAAAUAUAAGUAAGACAGAAGCAGCAAAUUCUGAAAUGGAAUGUGACAAAACUGAAGAAACUCCAAUAAUUGAAAUAGAUAAACCUGUUAGUGUGGCGACUCCAGUACCAGUGACUCCUAACAAAGGUGUACCAACACCAAGUACACAAACACCUAAAACUCCAGUCUCAAAAGAUAUGCAUUACGUCAAGCUCAUUGGACGCCCAGUGUUGCCUGCUCGAGCUGUAAUAUAUGAUUUCCUUAAUAAAUUCAACCCAGCAUCAAUCAAGAAACACAAAACUAUAAGCAAUUUGCUCGUACUCGGUUUCAGUGAUAGAGAAAAUUUUGAUAAAAUUUUAACAACAAACGAAUCUAUUGUCGGUGAAUCAACUAUCAUAAUAAAACCAAGUGAACAGGUAAAUGCAAAUAAACAAACUCCAGGUCUUAAUAAGACAGUAGAGUCAUCUCCAGCGAGUAAAUCUUUGAAUGAAACCAAAACUUCAAAGGAAAAUAAAGAAGUGAGUGAGUCUAAUUCAAAUAAAUCACUAAAUAAUAGUUUAAUACUGAAUUCUGACCUUGAUACCCAAAUAACCGACCUACUUAUCUCAAUAAGAAAAUCUGAAGAAGAUGCUGGAAUUACUGAGGAAGGUCAAAAGAUUGAAGAAAAGGAAUCUGUAUUGGAAGCAACAAAAGUUAAUGAUGAUGAUAACAUAAAGGCUGAAGCAAAAAAUGACGAAAGUGCAGCUGAAAGUAAAGAUGAUAAGACUACUGAAAAACCAACUGAUACUGAUGUUCAAACAGUUCCAAAUGCAAAUGAAUCAACAAAUAUUGAUGAAACUAAGACAAAUGGUCAAACUAAAUCUGACGAAAAAAUUGAGACUGAAUUAGAAGCAAUCAAAGAAAGCAGUGAGGAUAAUAAAAACGAAAAAAGUUCUGAAAAGUCUGAAGAUAAAUCUGAAGCUAAUGUAAAAGAAACUGGACGCGCCACACCAUCUAGAACUUCAUCGCGUCUAGCUAAUGUUACACCUAGCACUAUAAAAACAAGAGGGACAAGUCGUUUGACACAAAAC